AUGGCUCCUCACGACUUUGUAGAAUCGAAUUCACCCGGUGGAGAGAACAAAGCUACGUUCACCGUAUCAGACGAAGAAAAGGGCUCUCCAGCCGCGACCGACCCCGUCUACGAUGGUGACCAGUAUCUAGGCCAAGCACCCACCGAGGAGGAAUUAAACACCCUACGCAAAGUCCCGGGCCCGGUAUCAGGAUCCGGAUAUUGGCUAUGCACCGUUGAGUUUGCAGAGCGUGCCUCUUAUUAUGGCUGCACCUGGGUAUUUCAGAAUUUCAUUCAAUAUCCUCUGCCCCCCGAUGGGAAUGGCGCGGGAGCAUCGGCGCCAGGAUCGGAGAAGCCCGCAGGAGCACUAGGGCAGGGAUUGCAGGUCUCGUCCGCACUGACGCUGCUGUUCAAGUUCCUCGCGUACUGCAUUCCCAUCUUUGGCGGCUGGCUAGCGGAUACGAGGCUGGGUCGAUAUAAGACAAUCUGUAUCGGUGUGGUCAUUUGCGGUGUUUCGCAUAUUAUCAUGGUCGUCGGUGCGAUUCCGAGCAUAUUACAGGCUGGCCAUGGCAUGGCUCCGUUCAUUGUCAGUUUGUUGAUUCUCGCCUUCGGAGCUGGGAUAUUCAAACCUAAUAUCUCCCCGACUGUCAUGGAACAGGUCACCUUUAAGCAUCCCUACAUUAAGACGCUCAAGUCCGGAGAACGAGUCGUUGUCGAUCCUGAGACCACCAUCCAACGGCUUACACUCACAUUCUACGCUCUGAUCAACGUGGGUGCUUUCUUUGGACUGGCGACUAGCUACGCUGCGAAGCGUGUUGGUUAUUGGCUGGCAUUCCUCCUUCCCGGUAUCAUCUAUUUCUUGAUGCCGAUUAUCUUAGCCUUAGUAUACAAGAAGACGAUCAGAACACCCCCACAAGGCAACAUUCUCGGAGACACCCUGCGUGUCAUUAAAUUAGCCGUCCGGCAAAACGGAUUCCGGAAGUUCGGAUCGGUGGCGUAUUUUGACUCAGUCAAGCCAUCGGAGCUUGCACGGAAGGGUAUAGCAUCAUACAAGGGGAAGCCGAUCAGCUGGAAUGACGGGUUUGUGGACGACGUUCGUCGCACCCUGGUAGCCUGCCAGAUCUUCCUGUUCUACCCCCUCUAUUGGCUUAACAACGGGGGCAUCGGAAGUAUCACCAACUCCCAAGCCGGAUCAAUGACAACUAAAGGCGCACCAAAUGACCUCGUCAGCAACUUCAACCCUCUAACAAUUAUCAUCGCAUCACCCAUCCUCAACUACGGCCUCUAUCCCUUACUGCGUAAGCACCGAAUCGAAUUCGGCCCCAUAAAACGUAUCACCGUCGGCUUCAUCCUCGCUGCCCUGAGUUGCGUCGUCGGCGCCCUCCUCCAAUGGCGCGUUUACGAAACUUCACCUUGCGGCUACCACGCGACGGAAUGUGACAUCGGAAAUGGAGUCUCGCCGCUCUCCGUCUGGGCCCAGAUCCCGAUGUACGUUCUCCAGGCCCUGUCGGAGCUCUUUGCCGUUGUAAGCGGAUACGAACUGUCCUUUUCGCGGUCGCCGAAGAGGAUGCGCGCGUUGGUUGUCGCUCUCUUCCUUUUUAUGUCUGCCCUCUCGUCCGCGAUCAGUCAGGCUGUUCUUCCGGCGUUGGCGGAUCCGCAUCUGAUUUGGCCAUUUGUCGGGACUGCUGUCCCUGGAGUGCUUCUUGCGGGAGUGUUUUAUUGGAUGUAUCGGGAUCUAGAUAAGGAGAAGUUCUUGAGGGAGGAUUCGGAUAGUCAGCAGGAGAUUCUGUCGGAGAAGGAGAAGAAUUAG